AUGCCCUCCAGCUUUCUUCUCUUUCCUACCAAUCCUCAAAGUUUUCGGCUCAAUCAUCACAAUGAUGGCAGUCGCAGAACGAACUGGACGUCCUGGUCCCCACGGUCGGCCACGUGCCGUUUGUUCGAAACGCGAGCAAUGUCGUGUCCACAUUGGGGACCUUCGUGGUCUCGCUCGAUACACGUCGCUCUGUGCAUACGCGAUGAGGAUUUCAGUCGCCAACGCCUGGAUUAUCUCAGGAAGCUGGAACUGGAUUUCUUCACGUGGACACACAAGGGCUCCCACACAAGUAGCCACUGCAGCUCUCGGGCGGCGAUGCCUCGCCCUUGGCCGCAACCCAAGGAACCUCACCAAGGGUCUGCGUUAUGCUUCGGGGUCCGCCCUGGACCGCAAGGUUCGCCAGAACAACUGGGAGGAGAACAACUUCAUCAACUAUAAGAAGAUGUCCGAGAACCUGUCGAUUGUGCGCAGCCGUCUCAACACCCCCCUGACCUACGCUGAGAAGGUCUUGUACUCUCACUUGGACGACCCCCACGGCCAGGACAUUCAGCGCGGCAAGUCCUACCUCAAGCUGCGCCCUGACCGUGUUGCUUGCCAGGAUGCCACUGCUCAGAUGGCCAUCCUGCAGUUCAUGAGUGCUGGUAUGGACAGUGUGGCCAACCCCACCACCGUCCACUGUGAUCACUUGAUCGAGGCUCAGGUUGGCGGCGCCAAGGAUCUCGAUCGUGCUAUCGACAUCAACAAGGAGGUCUACGACUUCUUGUCUACUGCUUGCGCCAAGUACAACAUUGGUUUCUGGCGCCCCGGCUCCGGCAUUAUCCACCAGAUCAUCCUUGAGAACUACGCCUUCCCCGGUGGUCUCCUCAUCGGCACUGACUCGCACACUCCCAACGCCGGAGGUCUGGGUCUGGCUGCUAUCGGUGUCGGUGGUGCUGAUGCCGUCGAUGUCAUGGCUGGGCUUCCUUGGGAGCUGAAGGCCCCCAAGGUCAUUGGUGUCAAGCUCACUGGCAGCCUUUCCGGCUGGUCCACCCCCAAGGACAUCAUCCUGAAGGUCGCCGACAUCCUCACCGUCAAGGGUGGAACUGGUGCCAUUGUCGAGUACCACGGUCCUGGUGUUGACACUUUCUCCACCACUGGCAUGGCCACUAUUUGCAACAUUGCCGAAAUUGGUGCCACCACUUCGCUGUUCCCCUACAACGAGCGCAUGUACGACUAUCUGGCCGCCACCAAGCGCAAGGACAUUGGUGACUUUGCCCGCUCCUACGCUGCUGACCUCCGCGCCGACGAGGGUGCCGAGUACGACCAGCUGAUCGAGAUCAACCUGAGCGAGCUCGAGCCUCACAUCAACGGUCCCUUCACCCCCGAUCUGGGCACGCCCAUCUCCAAGUUCAGCCAGGCCGUCAAGGACAACAACUGGCCCUCCGAGCUCAAGGUUGGUCUGAUCGGAUCUUGCACCAACUCCUCGUACGAGGACAUGUCCCGUGGCGCCUCCAUCGCCAGGGAUGCCCUGAACCACGGCCUCAAGGCCAAGUCCGCCUUCACCGUCACCCCCGGUUCUGAGCAGAUCCGCGCCACCAUUGAGCGUGAUGGUCAGCUGCAGACCUUUGAGGAGUUCGGUGGCAUGGUUCUCGCCAACGCCUGCGGUCCCUGCAUUGGACAGUGGGAUCGCCAGGACGUCAAGAAGGGCGAGGCCAACUCCAUCAUCUCUUCCUACAACCGUAACUUCACUGGCCGUAACGAUGGUAACCCCGCCACCCACUCCUUCGUCGCCUCUCCUGAUCUAGUCGUCGCCAUGACCAUUGCCGGAACCCUGCACUUCAACCCCUUGACCGACAAGCUGAAGGACAAGGACGGCAACGAGUUCCUUCUCCAGCCCCCCACUGGUGAGGGUCUCCCUGAGCGCGGCUACGACGCCGGCGUCGACACCUACCAGGCACCCCCCAAGGACCGUGCCAGCGUCAACGUCGCUGUCUCGCCCACCUCGGAUCGUCUCCAGGUUCUCUCCCCCUUCAACGCCUGGGAUGGCAAGGACGCCAAGGACCUGCCCAUCCUCAUCAAGGCCCAGGGUAAGACCACCACCGACCACAUCUCCAUGGCCGGUCCCUGGCUCAAGUACCGUGGUCACCUUGACAACAUCUCCAACAACAUGUUGAUCGGUGCUAUCAACGAGGCCAACGGUGAGGCCAACAAGGUCCAGAACGCUACCACUGGCGAGUGGGGUGCCGUCCCUGCUGUUGCCCGUGACUACAAGAAGAAGGGUAUCCAGUGGGUCGUCAUCGGUGACUGGAACUACGGUGAGGGCAGCUCUCGCGAGCACGCCGCUCUCGAGCCUCGUCACCUCGGUGGCCUUGCCAUCAUCACCCGCAGCUUCGCCCGUAUCCACGAGACCAACCUGAAGAAGCAGGGUAUGCUGCCUCUGACCUUUGCCGACCCCGCCGAUUACGACAAGAUCAAGCCCGAGGACAAGGUUGACAUCCUCGCCACCGAGCUCGCUGUCGGCAAGCCCAUCACCAUGGUCGUCCACCCCAAGGAUGGCAAGGACUUUGAGGUCAAGCUUGAGCACACCUUCAACGAGCCCCAGAUUGAGUGGUUCAAGAACGGCAGUGCGCUGAACACAAUGGCCAAGAACGCGCAAUAAAGGUUGUCAGGGUUUUUGUGUGUGUUGGGAGUGUUAAGAUACCUAGCCGUUGCAAUUUUACAAUGUUCAAAUGUUCCCCAUUGGCUCUCGUAUACCAAGUCCGCACGCACAAGGCUGUAGAAAUAGGUACAACA